AUGGCAAUGGAAGUGCUGGAGUCGCACAAGGCCUGGGCGGGGGUGCUGAUCCAACCCGAACCUGCGCAUCGUGAUCCGGGUGGACAUGUCUUAAGUUCAGCAGCUAUUUGGACUAGUGAUAACUUGUAUCUUUUAAAUUCGAAGACAGUCACUUUUGCCAAACAUUUAAAACAAUAUGAUUGGUCGGAUAUCCUCAGGUUUCCAAAAAAUGCCUCCAAAACCAUUGGUGCAGUUUCAUUUGGCUCUCGUCCUCCUGAAAUUGGAGUUCUGAUUGAAGUCAAGGAUUAUUUUAACCAAACGAAAUUAUUUUUAACCAUCUAUAAUGAAGAGACCAAUACAUGGGUGCUUUCAACCAUUUUUUUAUACACUGAUGCAGAGUCUUUGCCUGUUAGUCCUCUCUGUAUGCAAUUUAUCGAAUCAGCUUUGCCAGCGGUAUUCAUCUGGAGCAAUAAAACUGUAUUCUACAGCUUGAGAAACAAUAGCAAGAAUGGAAAGCUGCAGAUUAAUGGAGACGAACAUCUUUCCAAUGCUGUGGAAGGAAGCACUAUCCAUCAAAUUAUUUUUGAUCAUAAAUUGCAUAUUGUCAUCAAGAUGGUCAACAAUUUAAUACUUUUUGGUACAGUUGGCAUAAACACACUGGUGAGACUACACGUAUGGGAACGGCAUAAUUCAAAUAUAAUCCUUUACUCCAACCUCCUAAGUCAGAUUUUUGUGAUUAAAUUAGUCAAUUCUGUAAUCCAAGAAUAUGAAUACCCUCUGGAGACUGAAAUUUAUAGUUCUUUAUCAAUGCAAAGCAAGCCAAAAUGUCCAUUCCAGCAAUUCAAGCACAACUUGGAGUACCCAAUAUACUAUCUAGAUAUGGGAGAAUCGCUGCUUUUUUGGGCUGAAAUUAUAUACAAGCAGGAAAGCGGAUUACAAAUAGAGAUAAUAGAUUACAAUAAGAAUCUGCUUAAUUGGAUGACUAACUAUAGCUAUCAAAUAACUGCACAUUUUUAUACAAGAACCAAGCUUGUGUUUUACAACAGAAAAAGAUUCGGUUGUCCCAUUAGGGUUUAUUACAAAACUCCUUUCAAGCCAAUUUUAGAAUUGUAUCUGGGUGAAAAAUUCAUCAGUAAUGUAUCUGCUAAUUAUAUUCUUUGGGAGGAAGAGGAGAGGACUGACUUUUACUAUAAUACAACUAUGCUACAGAAUUACAGGUCUUGCUUUGAAGCUCAUGGAUCGGUUAAAAGCAUGGAUAGACCAUACGAAAUCCUGAACUCAACAGGCUCAAUGUACCUGACGUGGCCAAAUGAUCAUAAUGGAAUUUAUCUCUUCACUGUGAAAAUAGUGGACCCCAAUUUCAGUUUCUGUGAAUUGACAGCUGAAUUUGCCAUAGAAACCUAUGGAGUCAUAAUCAGCUUUGCCUACAGUUACUAUAAGUAUAUGAAGAUCUUUGGAGAGAUGCUGUACUACAAACAAAUUAAAUACACUUGA